AUGGCAGAAGCUCCAGGAGACGUUCAGGUAAUAAUAGUAAUAAUAAGUUUACUCUGGGACAGAUACAGCUCUAGUCCGGACUAGCGCUUGGACAAAGAUUGUUUUAUGCAUUGUAUUCAUGCAUGUAGACCUAUAUAUUAUUAUUAUUUUUAUCUAAAAAGACUCGAGCAUUAUUGUUUUUGGCUAUCUCUUGGAACCAGUGUUUUUGUCAAUACAUGUUUUAAUUUUAUGUGGAUAUUCUUAGUUUACAAAAAACUAACAUGUCUUUCUGCAAACAUGGCUAUGUUUGCCCACUAGACACUGUUAAUGUUAAAAUGCAUGCUGUUUGGUUGAAAAAUGUACAGUAUGUGAAAUGUAAAAUGUUGUAAAGCCAGUACAAUAAUGUGAAAUUAUGUUUGAUUUUUCCAGGUGCAACUGAAAAGAGACUUUCUUGAGAGGCUCCACUAUAAAGUUUCACGGAUUUUGCAAAGACCACCUCUGGAUGUGGACUAUUUGAGAUCAGUAGUCAACCAGGAGAUGGCUAUUUUUAGAUCAUUGUUAGGCCAGGUUGAGAGGCCACAGGAUGUCAUCAACACUUUCACUCUACUGUCAACCCUUCUCAAUAUACAGGAUAACACUAAUCAGACCCAGAGUCAGGUGCCAGUGUUACAAGGAGAGAUGGGACGGCCAAAAUAUGAUGUGUGUCCUCAGGAACUACAAGGCCUGAUAGAAAUGUCCUUACCAGUGUCAUGCAUUGCAGGAAUGGUGUCAUUCUUCCACGUGUUGAAUGUCCCCUAUGUGAACAGGAUAUGGCAGGCCUCACGACAACUAUUGAAGUAA